UGUGUUCAGUCAAGUGAUAACAGCUGAGCUAUUCAGGCAUAGUUCGGUUGUCAUGCAUGAAUUAUAGAUUGGAAUACUGCACCACUCUAGACUAGCUAGGUCGCGUAUUUUGGUACCAGUUAUGCCUAUUGAUUUUGUAUGGACCAGUGAGCGGGGCAGUCAAUGUGGCGCUGUAUGGGAGGGUUUUAGUGUUCAUGGCUGAUAAUCAUGUACUUUAAUAAAUAUUAAAAUAGAAAGUAUGAAGGAUACAAAGAGGAACAACAAGUUUUGCCAUCAUAACCAAACAACCAUCAUAUCAAGUCCAGUAGAGGGUGUGGCAAGCAUGUGCCAGCCAUGCUGUGUCAUAUAGAUGUAAUCAGGCCCCUAACAAGUGCUUACAGUGUGACUGACACCUGUCAAAGAUCAGGCCCAAUAAACCAAUAAAGUCCAGAUAAUGAACUAACAAAGGCAGAUAGUCUACAUAUUCCACAAACGAGAACAUAUAACCUUCACCUUACCAAGCCUGCACAUUUUUUUCCUACUGAGCCAGAAAUCAUGAAAAAUAACCAAUAUUGCAGUAUUCCUGUUUUCCUUUGAAAAUGGCAACAAAGGUAGAGUUGCCUCUCGAAAGUGAGCUUCCGCCCUUAAGCAAUGAGGCUGACAUUAUUGAACUUCCACGUGUGGUUUUGCCACCUCAUGAUGAUGAUACUCUGUUGAAGGCAACUCACAAUCAACAAAUUGAGACCAGUGCUUUAUUAAUCGCAGAGAACGGCGAUAAUGACAUCAAUGGGGAAAUGGUUGAAGAGAACAGUGUUUCAGAAUGUGGCGAUGCAGAAAUGAACAUUACAACAAAAGAUGACGAUCACAAACAUAAAGAGAAAAACACUGAAAACCAUAGUAGUGUCGCCACGUCAAAAAUUGACGUCAUCAUUGAAAAUGUGCUCACUGACGAGAAAUCAGACACUGACACGGUUACCCUAUCCAAUCCUUUAAGUGCAGCAAGUGCUGUAGAGCAGGCCAUGAAUUCCUUGGUGGGUCUGAGCAGCCUUCCCAACAUGCCUAUCACCUUGACGACCACAGACGGUCAUGCGGUGACACUGGCGCCGGCACAGUACCAGUUCCUGCUGCAGCAGCAGUACCUCAACUACCUGCAGAUACAGCAGCAGAUCUUGAUGCAGCAGAGCCAACAAGCCCAAACCCCUGCCACCCAGUCAGAGGUCAUUGACCUCAGCGUGGUAUCCGAGGGCAACGCAGUCCCAGUCACCAUGGUAACCUCAAGUGGCAAGGGCACAAAGGUCAGCCCGUCCGUUUCCAAUGGCAAUCGAGAGGUCAGCAAGAAGUCUCCGGAGGAAUUGUCGCCGAUGGUGUCGUCUAUUGAGGACAUGGACGAAAAACAAAGAAAUGCAGAGGCUGAGAACGCCCGCAACAUCAACCAGUACGGGCGCGAGUUUACUAACGGGCGUCCCCUGCCAGACCACCUUAGGGUCCAGAUCCUACAGCUGGCCCUGCAGGGGAUACGGCCGUGUGAGAUCAGUAGACAGCUGCAGGUGUCACAUGGCUGUGUGAGCAAGAUCCUCAACAGGUAUCGGAAAACAGGCAGUAUUAAUCCUGGCCAGAUAGGGGGCAGCAAACCCAAAGUGACUACCAGCGACGUGGUGGCCAAGGUCCGCUUCUACAAGGCACAGAACCCUCAGAUGUUUGCCUGGGAAAUACGGCAGAAACUUCUCGAAGAAGGGAUCUGCAACGAGAAAAACAUACCGAGCAUCAGCUCUAUAAAUAGAAUAAUUCGGGACAAGGCAAUUCUGCAGCGUCGAAGCCUGGACAGCGCCACCUCGCUGGAGAAUCUGGCGGGACAUUCCUCAUACUCGGUGUCAUCAAGUGAGGAGGAGAAUUUGGACAAUUACCCCCUUGAUCACCGACAAAUUCAGUUGGAUACAGAAGCUAUUGAGAGACUUAUGUUGGCUCAGCUCACUGCAUCACCAAUGGCAACCAGUCCGUGUAAAGAAAGUGAUGAAAACAUAACUGAGCGAAUGCAGUCGCCACUUUCCCAGGCCAUGCGGCAAAUUCACUCGCCAAGUUCAAUGCCGGAUUUAGUGGGUGGGGAAGGCGUAGUUUUUCAAAUGGAAGAGGGUCGUGCAACAUUGAUCUCACACCACGUGCCACAGUCUCAAACUAACGGGCUAAACGGUGCGAAAGUAAGGGAAAGUGCUAUAAACAGUGUCAGAAAAACAACCAGCGGUAGUGAAAGUGAUGAAGUGUUUGACAAAGUGAGUGACAGAGUGAAAACAAACGCUAAAGUGACCCAAACUGUUUCAAAUGAGAAAAACCAUCAGAUAAGGUCGCAUCUUAGUCCAGAGGCAGCAAAAUCUGUGAAACUUGCUCUGGAGGCUAGGAAGUUAGCGAAUGAAAAAGCAUCAAAAACAGGUACAAGCCCUGUUCAUGGGAAGGGAGAAAAUUCACCAGGAGAUAAAAAAACAGAUAGUGAUACUAGCAUUGCUUCACGAAGUAAUGGAGCAGGGCUGACGGUUGUCUCCGGAUCUUCGACACCACCUACACACAGCACAGAACGUAAACGUAGUCGAAGCACUGCCGCCAAGGUCCCCCAUCCAGCCUUCAACAUACCUCAGGCCACGCUAGAGGCAGGCUCCAGCUUUUACAAUUACAACUUGCCUGAUAGGGGCCUGGGUGCUUUUAUGUCUCCCUCACCUGUACAGCUCUCCAUAUCUCCACCAACUGUUAACAUACCACGUUUUUCUGUCGCCUCAGGGCAGCAAAACGCCUCCCAGAACAUUCUAGGCCUGGUGUCCCCUUCUUGGCCUUUGACACGUCCUGUGAACAUGGCUGGAAGCCCGUUGUCCAAUGAUGGCUCAAACUCGGGCUCUCCUCUUGACCUUUCAGCUGUACGGGUGGCUUCUCCCAAUCUUGUGAAAGCGAGACUGGACCACAGCGCUGGCAAACAAUCCAGCUCAAAGCUCAUAUUAACCAAACCUGUUGCACAACAGACAAACGUGGCUAAACAAGCAGUAUCCCCUGUGCAACAAAAUUUUGAUGUAAAUGAUGCAGUGUCUGAAAGCGCUAAUAUUGAUACACAUGGACUCAAAAAAGAGGCUUCAAAGCCAAGUGCAGUGCAGGGUAGCACUUCCCCUACAUUAACAGCCACCAAGGUUCCGUAUGUUCGUGAAAUGCUGUAUUUAUUUGAUAAAGAACUGGAAAUCAUAACAGUUGGGAAAAACAAGUGGAUUGUUCGUAACGAGCAGGAGCUGGUCAAUCUUGUACAGGACAACACCAGUCCCAGGGAAGCCACGAGCUCAACUGCCACCUGCAGUCACUGCCAGGGCCUGCAUGCUGCAAGCGAGUUACUGGCGAGGAAAGUUAACGGUUCAGAGGGCGGUAAACGGUCUAAUGACCUUGACCCCAGUGGUCAUAGGUCAAAGGUCACUAAGCUAGUGAAUGGGGAUGUUCAUUCGUCGUUGGACGGAGGUCGUUCAAUGCCGUAUGUGGCUGAAAAGAACAAUAACAAUAGUCUGAAGUCAGAAAAGUGUUGAGUUAUUUGCAUUGAUAAUUGUUUUUGGUUCUCUUGAUUUGAUUGCUGUUGAUUUCACAAAUUUGGUUUUGUUUGUUACAGAAUGACUUUGUUAGUUAGUUGCUGAAAAAUGAUGAAAAUGAUUCCAUUUGAAGUAAUAAUGAAUGUGUUCUAGCAAUAUUCAUAAGUCAUUGCAUUUAUAUUAUUUAUAAUGUUUUUAACCUUGAGACAUAGCUGAAUUAUUAUUUGGAUAGUGCUUUAUGAUAGAAAAGUUCAGAUUGCUGACUGUUUUAACAAGAGAAUCAAGUGUACCUCUAACAAAAACAUCUCAGCUAACCCACAUAUUUUAUUGUUGUUCUUCAGAAAAACAACAGUUUAAUGUUGUUUAAUGAACAUUAUUAUAUAGUGCUGUCAUUCAUUAUUAUCAGCUUUAUUUAUAUAUAUUUCAUAUGUUUGUCAUCAUCAUAAUCAUUAUACUUAAGGCGUUUAAUGCAUAUUUAGUAAAGUAAGAAAAGUUCAUUUGAUCUCGAAUGGCUUUCAUAAAUGCUUGGUUGUUCAUGCACACUUGUAUAAAACUUGUUUUCUAGUCGAAUAUCAAUUGAAAUGCAUUCAGAUCUUCAAUUUAAGUUCCUUUUAAGAUAAGAAAUGCUUAAAAGCUUAAGUAUUUGUUGAAGCAGUGAUUUUAUCUUACUUGUCAUCUUCAUGGUAUCAAAUGUGAUAUUCGCUUUUUUUUUAAACACUGGGGAUUUAAAAAUAUUAGUCUUUCGUAGGGGUUAAGUGGGUAAGAUAUCAACAAGAAAAGUUUGCAAUAAUAAAAUAUCUUCCUCUUUUUACUUACAACAUAAAAGGGUUUGUGUAAAUAUCGCUUGUUUAUCCCUGUUAUUGUAAAUGAACCUCAAUUAUAUAGGUCAUUCUCAGUGCCAUAGUAGAAAUAGAGAAUCCCUAGGUCUGUCGAGAAUUGUUACUUACUGUGACUUUAGAUAUGAUCUAGUAUCUAAGUGGUAAAGCGGUAGGGCAGUUGUCAUUGAACCCUUUCCCACUUGGAAUCGAAGUGAAAAUGUAUUAGCAAACACUAAACAGCAUAACACCAAAAUAGCCUGCGAGUAACUCACAGUCUGUUCAGAUUUAAUGCUGUUUGCUGCUCAUCAGUAUCUAAGGGUUGGAAAUGAAGCCUUUUAAACUUGAAUCAAGAAAGGAAGAUUUUUAAUCAAAUUUAACUUUCUAAGGGACUUCAAAGCAGCAAAACACGUAUCUAAGUUACCAGGGGUAGGGCAGUUGUCAUUUAAUGACAUAGGUAUGUGCACUUGCUACUGGUUAACCCACUUACCCUGGUAAUGAUUAGUAUGUUAACUUACCACUGUGAUUUGCCUGGAAUGCAGUUAAAUGAAAAAAGACUUCCAAACAAUCAAAUUACCAGAAAAACAUUAUAUUGAUGUUGGUUUCAGUUUGACUAUAAAAUGCGGUACAUUGUAAUAUGCCAAAUAAGGUGUCUGAGUACAUGCUGUUUUGAAUUUUAAUUGAUGUUUGUGUAGUUUUAAUUGGCGUUAACUUUCUUCACUACUUUUAUUGGGCAGCUGUCCAUGUGUACAGAUGAAUAUUGAUCUGUAGGUCUUUUAUUUAUUGUGUGUUAUUUUACGCGAUCAGCAUUAUUGUUUUUCAAAGGUAUUACAUAUUAUUGAAUAUUACAUUAGGAUUUUAAGGAUUGUUGUUAUGUUUUUGUUGUAUAAGACAGCAUGUCUUAACAUGUCAGAUUUUUUAAAAAUUGAUUCUACUUCUGUUGUGUUUUAAUACAAUUUUUAAUAAGAUUUCUGUUGUUUUGUUUAGAGAUGAAUGUUUUGUCUGCAAUAACUUCUUUCAUUGGUAAAACAUAUUUUAAAAGAAUCCACAUUUUAACGACUCAUUUAUGGUGUGUUUUUGUUCAUAUUCUUUGUUUCAAUCUGCCUUGCCAGAUUUCUACAAUACUGAAAUGUUUUUGAAAUUUUUAAGUUAUCAACAAUCAAUUUAGUUUUAUGCUACCGGUAUAAAGUAACAAACAAAUGCGGUAUAAAGUAACAAACAAAUGCGGUAUAAAGUAACAAACAAAUGCGGUAUAAAGUAACAAACAAAUGCGUGUGAAAUGAUGGGGAUUUUAUUUUUAUGUCAGUUGAAGUUAAGACAUACAUUCAAUUUUGUAUUAAAAGUAUGCCUUGUUCAUACACGUAUGUAAUUGUUUUUAUGGCUCCCGUAACAUGAAAUAUUUGGAUAAUCUAAUGAUAUAAAAACAUAUUCAAUGCAUAUAUUACAGUGCUCCAGCUGGGCUCAAAUCGAAGGGCGCCGCGCCCUGCCCUCCCGAACCUAUGAUUGUUCAUAAAUCUCUUAUUACAUUGUAAUUACUUUAAUCCUCAUUGUAGACAUUAUAUUUGAAUGGUUUAAUAAUAAUGGGAAUAAUACAAUUAUUUAUAACAUAUAAAUUAACAUGCAAUAGGAAGCAUUCCAGAAACGCCUGCACGCUCGCCUUUUCAAAUCCUAGCUGGACCACUAUUCAUCAUUAUAAAUGUAAAUGAUUUGUUAGAAUUAUUGCUUUUGUUGAUUUUAAGCUUGUUUCAAUUUUUAAGGGAAUCAUUUUUAAAAGCAUACAAGGUAUUACUACUAUGUCAAAAAAGAAGGUAAUAUUUCAUUCAGAUUGGUACACAUGUUGUUGUCACAUAUUGUAUUAAUUGUUGAUUGUAUUAAGGUCUUAAUUUUGUGAUUUGAUUUUAAUGUUGGAUUUAAACAUGUGCUUAUUUGACAAUCACUAUACUGUUUGUGCUUGUGAGUUUUACCGACUAUAACGCCACAGUGGAACAAUGUGCUAUCUUAUAGAAUCAUGUGACAAUUGUGGCAAAUAAAUGACAGUUAAUAGUAUUUUGCACUGAUGCUUUAAAUUAUGUGAAACUGACAUUGCCAUAUUCAACUCUUUCAGUGCUGGAACCGAAUUUUGAAGGUCUUUGCAAACAGUUUGGAUCCAGAUGAGAUGCCACAGAAUGUGUCAUCUCAUCAGGAUCCAAACUGUUUGCUAUUCUGAUAGUAUUCUUUGAAAAAAAAGAGAAGAAAAUGCUAAUUUUAGAAAUUCAGCAGACGACAAAUUUCUCAGCAUGCAAAGGGUUAAGAAGUAUUGUUGACAGUUAGGUUUAUUGCAAUAGAUGUAUUAAAAAAGUAAGCGAGUAAUUAGAUUUGUGUUAAGAAUUCGUAUGAAAUGUAUACAUAGAUUACAUCCGUGUUAUACAUAAUGUUAGUUGUCUGAUGAUAAAUAUAUAAUUCAAAAGUAAAAAAUGCUGUUGUUUAUAAGCGUACUUUUGUCGAUAUUUAAUUUUAUUAUAAAUGGUCGACCUUUUU